AUGACCGUCCUUACGCCACCAGACGCUCUCAAGCGUCGCACGAGCUCCUCCGGCUCGUUUCAUGCCGGCGCCCCGAUCCCCGGCGUACUGGGCCGCCGCUCCUCCGUGCACAAGUACCAGACGUUUCCAACAGAGCCGCCGAGCACGCCCAUGGGCGGUGUGCUCGGCAACGGGUCCGCGUCGUCGGGCGCGAGCUCCAUUGCCUCAUUGCCCUCGUCGCCGACCACGUCUGAGCACGAACACGCCGCCGGCGCCGAGACGCCGCUGCCCGUGCGGCAGCUCCUGCUGCUGGCGUACCUGUCGCUGUGCGAGCAGACGGCGCUCAACUCGCUCGCGCCGUAUCUCCCGGAAAUGGUCACCGCCAUGCCCGGUAUAGAGCCGGGCAAGACGGCCUUCUACAUUGGCGUCAUUGCUAGCUCCUUUGCCCUCGCCCAGCUAUCGACCAACUUUGCCUGGGGCUACUCGUCGGACCUCAUCGGCCGCAAGCCCGUCCUGCUCGCCGGCACCUUUGCGCUCAUGUGCUGCUUCGCCGUCUUUGGCCUGUGCAGGCAGUACUGGCAGAUUGUGCUGGUCCAGGUUCUUAUGGGCCUGCUCAACGGCAAUGCCGCCUGCGUCCCUACGGUGCUCGGCGAGGUUACGGACCGGUCGAACCAGAGCCAGGCGUUUGCCUACCUGCCCAUCAUCUACUCGCUUGGCAGCAUCACGGGCCCCGCUGUCGGCGGCUUUCUCGUCGGCCGGCUGGCUCCGGCCAAGUUCCCCUACCUGGCGCCCAACCUGGUGAGCGCCGUCAUGCUUGCCACCGGCUUCAUUGCAAUUCUCCUUUGGUUUGAGGAGACGCUAGACGGGGACGAGCGCGGGCCGGGCAAGCCAAAGUGGCUGCGCAGACUCGCGAGCUGGUUCAAGAGACUUGGCAGCAAGACGGAGCCGAACCGGCGGCAUUCAUGGAGUACCCGGUGGCCGCGUGGCCAGCAACAGCCUCUGCUCGCCUCGGACUCGUCAUCUGAAGACGAAGCCGAGGUGGAUGGGUUGAACGACUAUGAUGGCAACAAACCUGGACUGACCAAGCAAGAUAUAUGGAAGGAAAUAUUCAACCCCAUCACGAUUCUUCUCUUGAGUACCUACCUCAUCUUUCAGCUCUCCAACAUUAGCUUCAACUCGCUGUAUCCAGUCUUUGCAUCGACGCCGGCGCCCACUGGUCGUGAUCUCAAGCCUGGUAAAAUCGGAGCCUUUAUGAGUGCUGCUGGCGUCACGACUAUUGCAUUUCAGGCAUUUGUGUACGGGCGAGUGAGGAACAAGGUGGGAAGCCUGGGAACGUAUCGCUACGCGCUGCUUGGCCUCGCAAUAAGCAUGAUUUUGAUGCCCUGGGUGGGAUACGCCGAUGACGAGCCGCUGUUUGGCAUCGGGAGUGGUCAAAUGUGGCUGUACAUUGAGUUUUGCCUUGUGCUCAUCUUCAAGAACAUCUGCGCAGUCGGCGGCCUCUCUAGCGUCAUGCUGCUGGUAAGUAACCCUUCUUGUCUGGAUCGGGGUAUCGGGCAAUGGUUAACACGCACACAGAUCACCAACUCGGCACCUACACACGCGAGCCUCGGCACCCUCAACGGCCUCGCGCAGACUCUGUCCGCUCUCGGACGCAGCGUCGGCCCCAUCGUGUCCGGCGGCCUGUUUACCAUUUCUGUGCGCAUCCAGCCCAAAGGCGAGGCACUGGCGUGGAGCGUCUUUGGCGGCCUGGCUUUUAUUGGCUUUGUCGCGGCGCUAUUUGUCCGCGGCGACGGCCUCGAGAGCGAAGAAUGGGAAGAGGAGCAUGGCGGCUCCUCUCCUGAACACGAAGCAUAA